AAGGCGGGACAUGUCGGAAAGCGGAUGGGGAAAGAAAUGACAGACGGCUAGUUUUAGCCUUGUACGGUUCAGCUGGACGGCUCAUGCAUGAGGAAACAGAUCCCAGAUCAGACGGUUAAAGCUGAAUAAAACGAGCACUGCUGCAACACCGCAAUGCAGGAUUCGACUCCAUACUGUGGCUAUCCACCCAACUACUGGUACGCUCCUACGGCCGGGCCGUACAGCAACGCCUACCCUUCUGGGGCCGAGAUUAACGGACAAGCACCGUAUAAUCCACAGGCGAUGCCGGCAUAUCCGAACGGGGUGUAUAACCCGGGUCAGUACGCACCGAACGUGCUUCACCCUUCCAAUCCAUUCUACUGCAGCGAGCAGAUGCCCCCCAGGCAGCCGCAGUACCACAGUCAGGACCGAACCCCGGCCAGCUCCCCUCAGCCCCCGUACCCUGUUCCACACUGCCAGGCGGCUCCUGGAUACCCACCCAGCUCGUACCCACCCUACGGAGACGGCUGCACCCCUACUGCCCCCUACCCCGGCCAGCAGCCUGUACCAUCUUGCCCUCAGCCUGAACCCUGGCCUCAUUCAGCAGGAUAUGGACCCCAGACGCACUACUCCAACCACACACGCCCUCCACACCCCCCGCCCUGGCACGGGCCCGCCCCUCCUCCAUACGACCACAUUAAGCACAAAGAACCACCGUAUCCAGGUCAUCUGAACAACCGAAACCAACCACAACCAAAACCUCGACCCAGCACACCCAACUCCAACCCCGCCCCUAAUCCGCCUCCAAACAAGCCAGUGGAGUUCAGCUCCCCGCCUCAGAUCUACAACAAGACGUCCUCCGGAGGCGGAAACCAGCCCAAACCGGCUCCGCAGCAGAGAGACCCUCCCCCGCAUGUGCCGCAGCCUCAGAUGGGUGAGAACCAGGGUCUGGCUCAGGUACAGGAGGUCCUGGCCAGGGUCUAUCUGCUGCAAGAAGACGUGGACGAGUUUGUGGGCAGAAAGACGGACAAGAGCUACUGUUAUCUGGAAGAGCUGCUCACCAAAGAGCUGCUGGUCCUGGACUCGGUGGAGACCAACGGCCUGGACGCCGUGCGCUCGGCCCGGAAAGAGGCAGUGCAGAAGAUCCAGGCCAUCCUGGACCGCCUGGAGAACAAGGCCUUCUAGAGCGUUGUGCCAGUUUGUGUGUGUGUGUGUGUUGAGGCUGCAGAUGUUUAUUUGUGUUUAAUAUUCUGUUUAUUUUGUCCAGGUAAAUAAUCCGUAGAUAUUACGCUCACAUCCAUAAUGUUCACGUCAUGAUUAGAUUUUGCUGAUUUUUUUCUAUCAAACACAAUGUUCCAUCAGCACACACACUGCCAUCCUGUCUGAUCACUCGCUUCUGCUUCUGCUUCUGCUGUUAAUGUGUCUCACUGGCUUCCUGCUCCUGAGUGACUUCACCCUCCUCUAUGGCGGGUUUCAGCACCGAACACGUUUUGGCUCUCAGACAUAAAGUCCUCAUCGUCACGUUAGCUUAGCCAUCCAUGCUAACUAAAGUGUUAAAGUCGGAGGCUGGUUCGAUCUCAGCAGCUUUGCGUUUUGCUCAUUGUUUGCCGUAGAUUUGUUAAUUAGUUUUUUAACGCUGCCUCGCUGACUUCCUGUCGCCUUUCCCCGUCGGCUGAUCGCCUGUCUGCCGUCAGCGCGAGUGAGUUUUGUUCCGUGUGAAAAUCAGCAGCACUGAAUCCAGAAGCAGCUGUUUUUGUGUAAAGCAAUAAAUAAUUUAGUGUUUUAAUCCUUUAA